AUGUCGUUGAGCCCCAAGCACACGACGCCCUUCUCCGUGUCCGACAUCCUGAGCCCCAUCGAGGAGACCUACAAAAAGUUCGGCGGCGGCGCUAUGGACGGCGCGCCGCCCGGCCUGGGGGCGUCCCUGGGCGCCGCCGCCGCCGCCGCCUACCGCGCGCCGCCGCCCGGCCCUUCCUCGCAGGGGGCGCCCGUGGCGGGUAUGCAGCCGCCGCACACCAUGGCGGGGCACAACGCGGCGGCGGCGGCGGCAGCGGCGGCGGCGGCGGCGGCGGCGGCCGCGGCCGCCACCUACCACAUGCCCCCGGGCGUCUCGCAGUUCCCGCACAGCGCCAUGGGCAGCUACUGCAACGGCGGCCUGGCCAACAUGGCCAACAUGGGCGACCUGCCGGCCUACACAGACGGCAUGCGGGGCGGCACGGCCGCCGCGGCCACCGGCUGGUACAGCGCCAACCCGGACCCGCGCUACUCCUCAAUUUCCAGGUUCAUGGGGCCGUCGGCGGGCGUCAACGUGGCGGGCAUGGGGUCUCUGACCGGCAUCGCGGACGCCGCCAAGUCGCUGGCACCCUUGCACACGACGGCGGCGGCGCCGCGAAGAAAGCGCCGCGUGCUCUUCUCGCAAGCGCAGGUCUACGAGCUGGAGCGGCGCUUCAAGCAGCAGAAGUACCUGUCGGCGCCCGAGCGUGAGCACCUGGCCAGCAUGAUCCACCUGACGCCGACGCAGGUCAAGAUCUGGUUCCAGAACCACCGCUACAAGAUGAAGCGGCAGGCCAAGGACAAGGCGGCGCAGCAGCUGCAGCAGGAGGGCGGCCUGGCCCCGCCGCCGCCGCCGUCCCCGCGCCGCGUGGCCGUGCCGGUGCUGGUCAAGGACGGCAAGCCGUGCCAGAACGGCGCUGGCACGCCGACGCCCGGCCAGGCCGGUCCGCAGCCGUCAGCCCCGACGCCCGCGCCCGAGCUCGAGGAGCUAUCGCCCAGCCCGCCCGCGCUGCACGGUCCGGGGGGCGGACUGGCGGCCCUGGACGCAGCCGCUGGGGACUACGGCGGCGGCGUGCUCGGCGCCAACCUGCUCUAUGGCAGGACGUGGUGA